UCCAAAAGCGCCUCUGAUUGAAUCUGCACGAAGAAGAGCCAAGGAAAUGAAAACAAAAGUCCCCCUGGGUUGUUAUGCCAGCUAAAAAGCGACAGAAUGAUCCCGCAACGGGUAAAAAGAAUAAGAAAGAGAAACGAGGUGAACUCGCCGUGAUUAAUUCGGAUUUGAGGGAUGAAGCUGUCCAGAAAAGCAUGAGAGACGCAUGGCAGAGGAAAGAGAGCUACGCUAAUGGUAAUAUCCUCCUGGACUGUGAGCCCUUCCCUCACUGUCAGAUCACUCGUUUCCUGCAGAGUGAGAGCUUUGUGGAAAGUCUGCAAGCAGAGCUCCUGCAGCUGAAUUUCAACAGCAAGUCAAAUGAUUUGUACAAGUUUCAACAGUCCGAUGAUCUGGGAGAGAGAAAAGAAGAUCAUAUCUCACAAAUAAGGUCUGUGAUUUUUGGGGAGUUUCGUGUCUGGCUGUCAGAAGUGUUGCAGGUGGAUCUGGAGGCGACUGUCGAUAUAUCCUGUGCAAAGUACGAGCAUACAGAUGUUUUGCUGUGUCACGAUGAUGAGCUGGAGGGACGAAGAGUUGCGUUCAUCCUCUAUCUGGUACCUCCCUGGGAGGUGAAAGAUGGAGGGACACUGGACCUGUUCAGCACUGAUGAACACUGUCAGCCUGUGAGUGUUGUCAAGUCUCUGCUUCCUUGCUGGAACUCUCUGGUCUUUUUUGAAGUGUCCCCCGUCUCCUUCCAUCAGGUGGCAGAGGUUCUUUCUGAGGAAAAGUGCCGUUUAUCUCUGAGUGGUUGGUUUCAUGGCCCUUCUCUACCAAGACCCUCACGCUACAUUGAACCCCCAGUUCCCCGACACACUCAUAUCCCCAGAGAUGAGAGUUUGCUAUUUGAGUGGGUGAAUGAGAUGUACCUGGAUCCUCGCUAUCAGGCUCGAGUACAGCAGGAAUUCGAAGAAAGUUCUGAGAUUUGCUUGGCUACUUUCUUACAGUUUGCUAAAUUAAUGGAUUAUGGCCGUGCAGAUAUGCAGAGCGUCCCAUCUUGUGUACAGGAGUGCUGGGAACUCCUCUCCUCCGAGUCAUUCUUCAUCCUCUUAUCCAACCUGACCGGUCUCCGUCUACACUAUCUGUGCGGUGAUGAGGAUGAGAGCGAGAACGAAGAUGGAAAGAGUGAGACAGAAAACAGAGGUGGAGAGGGAAAUACACAAGCAUCAGCAUCCAAUACUGAUGCUGAUACUUCAACAACUGAGAAGAAAGACAAAGGACCUCCUACUUGUGUUGGAGAACUGCGUCGCUGGAUGCAUGGCGACUAUACAUUGUUACAUGACUCUGUCAAAAGAGAGUAUGCAUUGGAUCUGCAGCUUCACAUGGGCUGUGCUGGGUGGAAAUCAGAAUUUGGGGGAUUUACGUCCUAUAUUGCACAUGAUGAAGAUGAGGAGCUCCUGACAGUGUAUCCUGAAGAUAACUCCCUCGCUCUGGUCUACAGAGACAAAGACACCCUCAAGUUCAUCAAGCAUAUCAAUAAUAGCAGCUCCAGCCAACUUUCUUCUCAGAAUACUGCAGCAUUCUAUGACUUCUCUUUUAACUACUAUGAAUGAUGAAUGAGUGCAUUGGACAUACAUUUCAUAACAUUUUGAGCUUAAUAUACAAAAACAAAAAUAAAUUUGAAAUAUAAGUGCACUUUCAUUUUUGAAUGUGCAAGUUUCACUCCAAACUACAAAAAUUCAUUGUUAAGUGUGAUGCUCGAAAUGAAAUGUAAUCAUUUGGUUGUUAAAUGAGCAUUUGUGCUCUGAUGUCAAUAAAUGUUAAUAAUUAACACAUGAAUAAUGACAUUUGUGUUCAUCUGAAGCCCAUUGUGUUAUAUCACAGAACUAUAACGUGUUAAAACACCAAAUUACAUCUAUUUACAUUACUAGAGAACAUUAGUGAAAAUGUUUAUAUUCUAGGUUGUUCAUCUGCAUUAUGUACUCAUCCUCACGCUAUUCUAAAACUAUGCAUAUUUAUAACCUGUAUGCAUUUCUUUAUUC